CGAGUCUGAAUGUAAAACGUUGUAACUGUGGUGGAGAUCAUAUUUCUGAAUUCCCAGAGUGCCCUGUCAGGGUGAAAGAGGUUGAAGUGUCAAGGAUCAGGGCUGUACAGCAAAUCUCCUACGUGGAGGCGGUGAAGAGUUGAAGGGUCAAAGGACCACAGUUCUGAAGGUAUGGAGGUGGAUGCAUCACAACCAGUUGCCAGUGUUAUUCAUCAAUUCAGUGAUCUGGAUACGCUUAUUGUGAAGAAGGUGGAUUUUGUAGCAUUUAUAGCCACAGUUAUUAAUUGUACUGCACAAGUAUCCAAGAAGCUGGAGAACAUAUCAGCAGCCGAGAAGUUUUUGGGCCUCCUAGACUUAACGGCAGAAGCACUGCAUGGACUACUGUUGCCAGGAAAUGUCCUGCAAUCACAGGAUCCGUCUGAGCCUGUGUAGGGAAAUGAUUUAAAACAGAAAGCAGGCAGAUUUAGUUUAAUUAACAUUUCGUUAUUGAUAGUUUGUGCGGAUAAAAAAAAUUAGCACGCUUUUUUUGUUUUUCGGAUCUUUAUUAUCCACCUGUACUGUAGAUGGCGGAAUGCAAGCAUCGUUGUUGCGGACGCCAUUAUACCAAAGAAGAAGAAGUUGCUCUCUUUCGUCAGUGUGGAACCGUGAUUUCAGUGCUGAAAGGGUCUUCAAGCCGCUUCACAUAUGAUCUGAAAUGUUCUAUUACUUCCAAACCAAUGGGUAAAAUAUAAUAUCCUAUUCAUAAAGAGACUUAGUUAAGUUGCGCAAAAUACGCAUUUAGCGCAGCCAUGGCGGUCAGGAGAACUCCCAAUAUGUAUUCUCGCGGCGACGGCACAUAUCGCGUUCUCAUACAGGGUGGUCUCUAGCUAGCUAGCUACAUCAAAAACAAGAGCUGUCAACUUUCAAAAUCAAGUGUCAAGCCUUCCAUGUCUGAACAGAAGUCCACAGAGUCCCUGGGUUCUGGCUGUGGUGUUCCAGACCAGAGAAGCUCACAGCAGGGUCCAGAGAUGGUCUCAGUGAAGCUGGAGGACUGCAGUCAAACACUGGAACUUAAUGUGAUUGUCAAAGAGGAAUGGGAGGAGAGAGGAAUCCAGGAGGAGAUAGAGGUUGAUCAGAGAGCAGUCAAAGAGGAGGUGGAGAUGGCAGUCAAAGAAGAGCAUGGGGAGAGAACAGUCAAAGAAGAAGAGGAGGAGAACAGUGAAGUGUCUGCUCCAGAUCUAAGGGAAGAGGAGGCAGCAGUAGAUAGUAUCAGUGACCCAGGAGAGAGCUACAACCCAGGUUCAGACAGUGAGCCCAGUUCCACAGCAUCAGGAAACCAUAAACAACACAGACGGAGGAACUCAAGACAGAAACAUCACCACUGCAUGGACUGCUUCACUAGUUUCUAUGAUCCAGAGGAGUUGAGAAGACACACUUGUAGGCCCCACCCCUGCUCAGAUUGCAGAGGCAGUGUUAUUUGUCCAACUCACCUCCUACCACACAAACAGACUCUCAAAACAAAGAAGAUGUACCCGUGUGGUCAAUGUGGCAAGAGAUUUCAGACACCAAGCAGCUUGAAGAUGCACCAGCUUACUCACACAGGAAAGAAGUCGUACCACUGCUCCCAGUGUAGUAAGAGGUUCUGUCAUGUAGACGCCUUAAAGUAUCACCAGAGAAUACACACAAGGGAGAAGCCUUUCCACUGCUCCCAGUGUGGGAAGACAUUUGGUUCGUCAUUCAAUUUGAAGCGACACCAGAAAAUACACACAGGGGCGAAGCCUUUUCACUGCUCCCAUUGUGGGAAGAGCUUCAGUGAUGAAGAAAGUCGAAAUAAACACCAAAGAAUACACACAAGAGAUAGGACUUUCCACUGCUCUGAGUGUGGAAAGAGCUUCAGCAAGGGAGGAAAUCUAAAGGAACAUCAGAAAAUACACACAGGGGAGAAGCCAUACAGCUGUGAUCAGUGUGGGAAGAGUUUCAGUCAGUCAUUACUUCUGAAGGGGCACCAGCUAACGCACACAGGAAAGAAGCCUCACCACUGCUCUGACUGUGGAAAGAGUUUUAAAUUGGAAGGAAGCCUUCAGAGUCACCUGAGAAUACACAGUGGAGAGAAGCCACACCACUGCUCCCAAUGUGGGAAGAGCUUCAGUUGGGUAAGAGACCUAAAUAAACAUUGGAGAGUACACAGAGAGGAGAAGCCUUUCCACUGCUCCCAAUGUGGGAAGAGCUUCAAUGAGAAAGGAAAUCUAAAGCAACACCAGAGAAGACACUCGGGAGAGAAACCGUACAGCUGUGAUCAGUGUGGGAAUUGUUUUAAAUGGAAACAAAGCCUGAAGGAACAUCAGAAGGCAAAGCACAGUGCAGUGCCAGACCACGGCCUUAUAAUUGUGUUGCCAAGCUGGGCAUCUACAUCUAAUUAAUAUUUACAUUAACCAGGUUUCCAUCUAACCUUUUUGUGUGAGUAAAAAAAACGUUUUAAAAAGUAAGAUUUUUAUUUGUUACAUCAAACCUUAAAUGGGAAAGUAGCUUUUAUGUUUUAUCUCUGUCAUCAUGCACUGUUUUGUUAUCUGUCUGUUUGGUGGGAAACAUUUUAUUGAUGUGGGUUUUAAAAUAUUCACAUGAAAAUCUGUCUUCAAUUGGAUGAAAACCUAGCUAGUGUUGCACAUUUGUUAGGCUAAAUAGAUAUGUUGAAUUAUGCAAAAGAGAGAGACUUCUGACAACUAAGUCACAACAGGUGGAGUCCGAGUCCAUGUGAGAGUCGAGUCAUGAGUCAUGAAAAUCGUGAGUCCUGGUCUCGAGUACUACAACACUGACAGCUACUCUCCUUUUGAGAACGUUUUAUUUGUGCAAAUUGAUUACAUUACCUUAAUUUUCUUGCUUGUUAGUGCUAAGUUUGGGCAUCGUUCAGGAUGCCUGGUUGAAUUGCCACCACCCAACUGACCUGAUUGAAGAGAGGUCAGUGAAGUGGAUGAAUACAGUGGGUGUAGUAGCUCCGUUCAACCACAAGAUGAAACUAUCGACCCUUAAUAAAAACAGUAAAAAGUUGCUUUCUUCCAUCCAGUGGAACCGUGAUGAACUGCUAAAACGGUCAAACCACCUCACAUGUUAUUGGAGCAACACAUCACCAUGACUUCCUAACAAAAUGGAAGAUGUGAGAUUAUCCUGCUUUAUGAAUCGUAUUGAUGUGAAUUUGCUACAAUGUGUGCAUGUAGUCCCGCACUCAGAGCCGUGUACAGUCUACAGAGUUGUUCUGUGGGUGUCACGGAGUAGGCUGAUACCCCAUUUCAUGGGUGCGCACUCCAUAGGGAAGGCUGUACAGUGCCAUACAAACGUUCAAUACACAUUAUGGGCUGAAUAGUGAGGUGAAUUCCCACAGUCAAAGUCCCGCAAUAAGAGCUAUGACGCUAAUAUUUGUGUACACUCUUUAGAAUUGUAAUCUGUGGGUGUCACUGAGUUGGCUGAUAACCCGUUUCAUUGAUCCACAAUCCAUAGGUAAGGCUGUACAGUGCAGUAUGCCCCCUUGAAGUUUUUAUAAAUGUUAAAUUAACUUAACUAAUAGCGGUUCCAAGCAUAGAGAUCCUAUUAAAUGAAUUGAGGGGCUAAGUCAUAAACCCUACAAAAAUCCAGAAUGGCCCGAAAUUGGCCCUUUCUGGUCAGGGAGAAUCCAACCCAGUCUAAUUAGGGCUCCCGAGUGGUGCAGCGAUCUGAGACAAUGCAUCUCAAUGUUAGGUGUCACUACAGACCAUGAUUUGAUUCCAGGCUGUGUCACAACCGGCCGUGAUUGGGAGUCCCAUAGGUCGGCGCACAAUUGGCCCAGCGUCGUCCGGGUUAAGGUUUGGCCGUCAUUGUAAAUAAUAAAUUGUUCUUAACUGACUUGCCUAGUCAAAUAAAGGUUAAAUAAAAAAUAAAAUGAUUGGUAUGAAUGGCAGUAGGUGAUGCAUUUCCUGCUUUUACUUAUACAGGAACAUACAAUUAAGGCAUGUGAGAUCAGAAAAUGUGUAAUAGAAUUGAAUGAAUUAAAAUGUUCAUAGAAUUAUAAAAACGGUUCAUAAGGAUUUUAUUUAAAAAUUAUUAUAACCUCUAAAAUCAAUGUAAACAGACCAUAAAUGUCUCAAUUUGUGUUUUCUAGGAAAUCUGUGAGUGCAAUUAUAUGAUACAAUAUCAGUACUUCAUUUACAACUUGUCUAAGUCCCAUCAUCAACAGGUUUCAGUCAGUGUCUGGCUGUGGAUUGACUGCAUUGUUUGAAUGGAAUGUCGGCAUAUUGGUAGUUCUUUAGAAACAUUUAUGGAAUUAUUCCUCUAAAACUGUCUGGCUAGCUGGCUAGCUCGCUAAAAAACUGCAGAUAAUUGUCAAAUUCAUUGUUUUACACUAUCUUAUCACAGCACUGGCAAACCAUGGUUGACCAAAAUGAGCUGUCCUUUUAAUACCAUCAUAAGAAGGCGAAUUAUAUUCUAGUGUUCCAAUUCCUAAUUCUAUGGUUCCAAGCCCUUUCUAUGGAUUCUAUUCCUAUGGUAUUGUUCCUCAGGUUCUCCACCUUCCAGGUGGUGUGAUUAGGUUGGUUUAUCAUUGUGUGGGGCUGCUUUGGCAUGAGUCUGAAUGGGAACGGUCUGUCUGACAUUGACCUUAUCGUAUCACUGUACGGUGCAUUCAGAAAGU